GGUGGCCUCUCGUCCCCGAGUGACCCUAUUCUCUGUAUCAUCAGCUGCCCCCUUCACUCUACCGGGUCCCCUUUUACCUGGACUCCCAGACCCCCUUGCUUGUCACCCAUUUUCAUCUCCCCAGACCUAGUGAAGCCGUAUUUGUGGAUAUGCCCAGUCUUUGGACUUUGUCCUCUGUCCCUCCUUUAUCCCUCUCCCCAGCCCCCCGUGUCUAGAGGCUGGCCUCUGGUCGCUAUCUAUAGCCUAGUCUAUAAAUACCCCAGCCCCAGGCCCAGCUCUGUAAUUACCCCGGGCGGGGCGAGAGGGAGGUAAUUACGGAGAUUUGAUGGACGAGGGGGGUAGUGGACUCCCCAGUCCUCCCCCUCCCACUUUUCUCACUUGCACUAGAUCCUGCUCAGGGCUCUGCUGAAGGGUUCUGUCACCCUUAGGGGACCUGGAUUUGGUGGGUGGGUGGUGUGAUUUGACGUCUGAGUCACAGAAAAGGAAGGGACUGAGGAAGAGGUAUUACUGUUUCCGAAGAGAAUCUUAGGGUACAGUCACAGAAUCCUGCGCCUCCUGCAGACCCUGGGUGCCUGGGGCCCAGCUUUGUCACCAGUCAUGGAGCGGUGCCGCCGCUGCCACCGCCUCGUCCUCCUGGUGCCUCUGGUGCUGGGGCUGAGCGCCGCUGGGGCCCAGGCAGGUGCACCCCCUGUGAAUGUGCUCCAGGCUCUGAGGUUCCCUUCCCUCCCUGAUGGUGUCCGGAAAGCGAAAGGCAUCUGUCCAACAGAUGUGGCCUACCGAGUGUCCCGGCCUGCCCAGCUCAGUGCACCCACUCGCCAGCUCUUCCCAGGAGGGUUUCCCAAAGAUUUUUCUCUGCUGACUACUGUCCGGACCCGCCCUGGCCUCCAGGCCCCCUUGCUGACCCUCUAUAGUGCCCAGGGCAUCCGUCAGUUGGGCUUGGAGCUUGGUCGACCUGUCCACUUUCUGUAUGAGGACCAGACUGGGCGGCCUAGACCCCCAGCUCAGCCUGUCUUCCGGGGCCUCAGCCUAGCAGAUGGCAAGUGGCACCGGGUGGCUGUGGCUGUGAAGGGCCAGUCUGUUACCCUCAUAGUUGACUGUAAGAAGCGGAUCACCCGGCCCCUCCCCCGAAGUGCUCAUCCAGCAUUAGACACCCAUGGAGUGAUAAUCUUUGGUGCCCGUAUCUUGGAUGAAGAAGUCUUCGAGGGCGAUGUCCAGGAACUUGUCAUUGUUCCAGGGGUGCAAGCUGCCUAUGAAUCCUGUGACCAGAAGGAGCUAGAGUGUGAGGGGAGUUUGAAAGAGAGACCGCAGAACCAACAAUCUCAUAGAACCCAGAGAUCUCCAAAGCAGCAACCAUCAAGACUUAAUAGGCCACAAAACCAGGAACCCCAGCGACAGCCCACUGAGUCUCUCUACUAUGACUACGAGCCCCCUUAUUACGAUGAGACGACUACAGGAACAACCCCUGAUUAUCAGGUCCCCACUCCAGGUGAAGAGGAAGGAAUUCCGGAGUCAAGCCCUCUGCCACCUCUUGAGGAGGAGCAGACAGAUCUCCAGGUCCCCUCCACAGCUGACAGGUUCCUGACAGAGGAAUAUGGGGAGGGUGGCACAGAUGCCCCAGCAGGGCCCUACGAUUACACCUAUGGCUAUGGGGACGAUUAUCGUGAGGAGACGGAACUUGGCCCUGCCCUCUCUGCGGAGACAGCCCACUCAGGAGCCGCUGCCCAUGGACCCCGGGGGCUGAAGGGAGAUAAGGGGGAGCCUGCGGUACUGGAACCUGGUAUGCUGGUGGAGGGGCCCCCUGGCCCAGAAGGCCCUGCGGGACUCAGUGGUCCUCCAGGUAUUCAGGGAAACCCAGGCCCAGUUGGAGACCCUGGCGAGAGGGGCCCCCCUGGCCGAGCAGGACUUCCUGGGUCUGAUGGGGCUCCUGGUCCUCCUGGCACAUCCCUCAUGCUCCCAUUCCGGUUUGGCAGUAGUGGAGGUGACAAGGGCCCUGUGGUAGCAGCCCAGGAAGCUCAGGCCCAGGCAAUUCUGCAGCAGGCACGGCUGGCACUCCGAGGACCCCCUGGUCCCAUGGGAUACACAGGCCGUCCUGGACCCUUGGGACAACCUGGGAGCCCAGGCCUGAAAGGGGAAUCUGGAGACUUGGGGCCUCAGGGCCCCAGAGGGCCUCAGGGCCUCACAGGUCCUCCUGGCAAGGCUGGGCGAAGGGGCCGAGCUGGUGCUGAUGGAGCUCGAGGGAUGCCUGGAGAACCUGGAGUGAAGGGUGACCGAGGUUUUGAUGGACUCCCAGGGCUCCCUGGGGAGAAGGGACACAGGGGUGAUACUGGUGUUCAAGGUCUUGCUGGGUCUCCUGGUGAAGAUGGAGAGCGAGGAGAUGAUGGGGAGAUCGGGCCUCGGGGACUGCCUGGAGAGUCGGGCCCUCGAGGUCUCCUUGGUCCCAAAGGCCCACCUGGUAUUCCUGGACCUCCGGGAGUCAGAGGCAUGGAUGGUCCCCAUGGUCCCAAAGGGAGCUUGGGACCCCAGGGAGAGCCAGGACCUCCUGGACAACAGGGCACUCCUGGUACCCAGGGUCUCCCUGGGCCCCAGGGUGCCGUUGGCCCUCAUGGAGAGAAGGGUCCUCGAGGAAAACCAGGGCUCCCUGGCAUGCCUGGAUCAGAUGGACCUCCAGGUCACCCUGGGAAGGAAGGUCCCCCUGGAACCAAAGGAAACCAGGGCCCGUCUGGACCCCAGGGUCCUCUAGGCUACCCAGGACCUCGUGGUAUUAAGGGCGUGGAUGGAAUUCGGGGUCUCAAAGGUCACAAGGGUGAAAAGGGUGAAGAUGGCUUUCCUGGGUUCAAAGGCGACAUGGGUGUGAAAGGUGACAGGGGUGAAGUUGGAGUCCCUGGGUCCAGGGGAGAGGAUGGCCCUGAGGGGCCAAAGGGACGCACUGGACCUACUGGAGACCCUGGACCCCCUGGGCUUAUCGGCGAGAAGGGCAAGCUAGGUGUUCCUGGUCUGCCUGGCUACCCUGGACGCCAGGGUCCCAAGGGGUCUCUGGGAUUUCCUGGUUUUCCUGGAGCCAGUGGAGAGAAGGGAGCCCGGGGCCUCUCAGGAAAAUCAGGACCUCGGGGAGAACGGGGUCCCACGGGUCCGAGGGGUCAGCGAGGACCCCGAGGAGCCACUGGGAAGUCUGGAGCUAAGGGUACUUCAGGUGGUGAUGGCCCCCAUGGUCCCCCUGGAGAGAGGGGUCUCCCUGGACCUCAGGGCCCCAAUGGAUUUCCCGGCCCCAAAGGGCCUCCAGGCCCCCCUGGAAAGGAUGGGCUGCCAGGACACCCGGGCCAGAGAGGAGAAGUGGGCUUCCAAGGGAAGACUGGCCCCCCGGGCCCCCCGGGUGUAGUGGGGCCUCAGGGAGCAGCAGGUGAAAGUGGACCCAUGGGAGAGAGAGGUCAUCCUGGCCCCCCAGGCCCCCCUGGAGAGCAGGGACUGACUGGAACAUCUGGAAAAGAAGGAACAAAGGGUGAUCCUGGCCCACCAGGGGCCCCAGGGAAGGAUGGUCCUGCUGGUUUGAGGGGCUUCCCAGGAGAGAGAGGCCUCCCAGGCACUGCUGGUGGGUCCGGUUUGAAGGGAAACGAAGGUCCGGCUGGCCCUCCUGGCCCUGCAGGCUCCCCUGGAGAGCGAGGUGCAGCAGGAUCAGGGGGACCUAUUGGCCCCCCAGGGCGCCCAGGACCUCAAGGACCCCCUGGAGUAGCAGGAGAAAAAGGUGUUCCGGGUGAAAAGGGCCCUAUUGGUCCCACAGGCCGUGAUGGGAUACAGGGUCCUGUGGGGCUUCCUGGUCCUGCUGGACCCCCAGGAGUGUCAGGAGAGGAUGGAGACAAGGGUGAAGUAGGAGACCCCGGACAGAAGGGCACCAAAGGGAACAAGGGUGAACAUGGCCCUCCUGGACCCCCUGGACCGAUUGGGCCUGUGGGGCAGCCUGGAGCAGCGGGAGCAGAUGGGGAACCCGGAACUCGGGGACCCCAGGGACACUUUGGAGCAAAAGGUGAUGAAGGAACGAGAGGAUUCAAUGGCCCUCCAGGACCCAUUGGCUUACAGGGUUUGCCAGGCCCUUCAGGGGAGAAGGGAGAAACAGGAGAUGUAGGCCCUAUGGGACCACCUGGCCCCCCAGGACCUCGAGGCCCAGCUGGACCCAAUGGAGCUGAUGGUCCACAAGGUCCCCCAGGAGGUGUUGGGAAUCUGGGUCCCCCUGGAGAGAAGGGGGAGCCAGGAGAGUCAGGAUCCCCUGGGGUCCAGGGUGAACCUGGUGUCAAGGGACCCCGUGGAGAGCGUGGAGAGAAAGGAGAGUCAGGGCAGGCAGGAGAGGCGGGACCACCAGGACCUAAAGGCCCGACUGGCGAUGAUGGCCCUAAAGGGAACCCUGGUCCUGUUGGUUUUCCCGGUGAUCCUGGCCCUCCUGGAGAAGGCGGCCCUCGGGGCCAGGAUGGUGCUAAGGGUGACCGUGGGGAAGAUGGCGAGCCAGGACAGCCUGGGUCCCCUGGUCCCACUGGGGAGAAUGGACCUCCUGGACCACUUGGAAAGCGGGGUCCUGCUGGCACACCUGGACCUGAGGGGCGACAAGGAGAAAAGGGAGCUAAGGGGGACCCUGGUGCUGUGGGCGCCCCAGGGAAGACAGGCGCUGUGGGGCCUGCUGGCCCAGCAGGAAAGCCGGGUCCUGAUGGUCUGAGAGGGCUUCCAGGCUCAGUGGGCCAGCAAGGUCGUCCUGGGGCCACUGGCCAGGCUGGGCCUCCAGGUCCUGUGGGACCCCCAGGGCUUCCUGGCCUUCGAGGUGAUGCUGGAGCCAAAGGAGAGAAGGGUCACCCAGGUCUCAUUGGACUGAUUGGGCCUCCUGGAGAGCAGGGAGAGAAGGGAGACCGGGGACUUCCUGGCCCUCAAGGCUCCACUGGACAGAAAGGAGAGACUGGUAUCCCAGGAGCAUCUGGCCCCAUCGGUCCUGGAGGGCCCCCUGGUCUUCCUGGACCUGCUGGCCCCAAAGGAGCCAAAGGAGCCAGUGGCCCAGCUGGACCCAAGGGAGAAAAGGGUGUUCAAGGUCCUCCCGGACACCCGGGCCCCCCAGGUGAGGUGAUCCAGCCCCUGCCCAUCCAGAUGCCCAAGAAGACCCGGCGCUCAGUGGAUGGAAGCCGCUUGAUUCAGGAAGAUGAGGUCAUGCCAACUGAGGAGGGCCCAGGCAGUCCUGGGGGGCUGGAGGAGAUCUUUGGCUCCCUUGACUCCCUGAGGGAGGAGAUUGAGCAGAUGAGGCGGCCAACGGGGACCCAGGACAGCCCUGCUCGCACCUGCCAGGACCUAAAACUCUGCCAUCCGGAGCUGCCCGAUGGGGAGUACUGGGUGGAUCCCAACCAGGGCUGUGCUCGGGAUGCCUUCCUGGUUUUCUGCAAUUUUACAGCCGGUGGGGAAACCUGUGUGACGCCCAGGGAUGAUGUUACACAGUUCUCCUAUGUGGACUCAGAAGGCUCCCCCAUUGGUGUGGUCCAGCUCACCUUCUUGCGGCUACUCAGUGUCUCAGCCCACCAGGAUGUCUCCUACCCCUGCUUGGGGGUCCACCGGGAUGGGCCCCUGAGGCUCCGGGGAGCCAAUGAGGAUGAACUGAGCCCAGAGACCAGCCCCUAUGUCAAAGAAUUCAGAGAUGGCUGUCAGACACAGCAAGGUCGGACAGUGCUGGAGGUGCGAACCCCUGUGUUAGAGCAGCUGCCAGUGCUAGAUGCCUCCUUCUCAGACCUGGGAGCCCCACCGAGGCGGGGAGGGGUGCUGCUGGGUCCUGUCUGCUUCAUGGGCUAGGACCUUCCUUUCUGUGUGACCCUGCCCAUUGGAAGCAGGCCCAUCUGGAAUCCCACAGAACCAGCUCCAUGCCACCUCCCAAGAGGGUGCCUCAUCAUCAGGGGCACCAUGGGCCAGGGCACUAAGCACCCCCACUCAGGGGCAGCCCAGGGGAGGGUUGAAGGGGAUUCCUGGACACCACAGGGCUGGGGAGGCAUUUGAGACUCAGCCCUCCCACCUGGAGCCUGUGACCUGUUAGACAGCUGACACCCUUAUUUAAAACUCACCUCCUCAUCUCCCCCAACAAGAGGAAGAGAAUGGACACUGUGUAUUUUCUAUUUAAAAAUAAUUAUAUUAAUUAUUUAAAGAGUUGAAGAUAAAAUAACAGAAAAGGUAAAAGAGAGAAAUGCUAACCAAUCAUGGACUUUGGAGAUCAGGCUCUCCAGGAGCCCUGACACCCACAUUCUUGCCUCCUGGCUUUCCUCAGUGACUGUAUGUGGGUUUUUCUGGCUGAACCCCAGCUCCCCCAACCCUACUUGUAAGCCCACUGUGAACAUUGAAUAUAUGGUCUCCUUUGCCUCAGGGUUGAGACUCUCUUUGCCCUGAAUGGGGCUUCCCAUCUCUACCUACCAGGUGCUCAGCUCCCCAACCCACAUAACUGCCAUCUUUUACUUGGUCUGGGAUUUGCAGGAACCACAUGGCCCCAGGGACCAGACUACUCCCCAAAGGAAUAGUGAGGGUGAUGUGUAGGGUCACUGUUUAGCUGAUUAUUAAGGUAUUGACUUUUUCUAUAAUAGCUGGGAAGUUGCCACAGCCCUGAGCCCCUUGAGUAUCCAUCAACACCCUAGCCUCCCCAGACUCUCCCCAGGCCACUCCUCCUCACCUCACCUUUCUUGAUCGUACAGCUGAAGGGCUAAAUGUGUGCCCCUGUGACCAGUGCCUGUUCUGACUGAUGGUUAAAAAUGUGAUUGUCUCCUC